GUUGAUUAAUGGAUUUUUGUUCUGAGACUAAAGCGAAAUGAAAUAGAAAAUGUAAAAGAUAUAUACCACCGAAUAUUAGAUGGGUCCGAAGUCCGAAGCGAUCGGCAGGCAGUGAUAGCAAAGAGAAGAUCAUUUCAUAAUCAGACUCACCUAACUCCGCCAUGGCUGCUGUUCCCUCUACUUUCGCUCUAACCAAAUCUGCAUUGUCCAUAAACAAGCUGGACCACUCUCUGGUCAAGAUCAAACCAUACAGCUUCUCUCUGAAUCUAAACCGUCUAGGGAGGAUGGAAACAUCUUUAACCAGAAGGCCUCUAACAAUUCAAGCCACAUAUAGUGAUGGUGGAAGGCCCAGCAGUGCUAGUGUAUUUGUUGGUGGGUUUCUCUUGGGAGGAUUAAUAGUUGGCACUCUUGGUUGUGUGUAUGCACCUCAGAUCAGCAAGGCCAUAGCUGGAGCUGACAGGAAGGAGUUAAUGAGAAAAUUGCCAAAGUUUAUAUAUGAUGAAGAAAAGGCUUUAGAGAAAACCCGAAAAGUACUGGCUGAGAAGAUUGAGCAACUGAACGCUGCCAUAGAUGAUGUUUCUGCUCAGCUAAGGUCAGAGGAGGCCUCAAAUGGAGUAGCUGUGAACUCUGAUGAAAUUGAAGCUGCCACAUGAGACUGCUGCAGUGAUGUCUUGGUACACAAUCGGCUAUUACUCUGUUCAGUAAAAAUCUUGUUGGUACAAAAUGUAUUUGACUUUCUUGUAAUAUCUUUCUAUUUCUUCUUAAUAAUAAACUAAGUGGUUUUCUGUUUUUGACCA